AUGAAAUUAAGAAUAUACAUGUUUCCGGUUGUUAUGUACAUUGUUUCUCAAACUAAUUUGAUUAAGUACAUGUUAUCAAGGCCUUUGAUUACUGGAAGGAUUGGAAAAUGUUCAUUGGCCUUGAUGGAGUUUAGUUUUAAGUACAUUCCACAUAAAGCAGUCAAGGGAUGUGCACUAGCAGAAUUUCUGGUUGAUCAUCCUUCCACUGAAAUAACAACAGAAAUGUGUGACGAGGUGGAUAGUCUCUACCUCGAACGUUCUUCAUGGACAUUACUCUUUAAUGGUUCAUGUAUUAGUCAUGGAGGAGGAGCUGGAAUUGUCAUAAGUUCUCCAAGGAAAAGGAAGACAUCAUUUUCUUUCUUUUUGGAUUGUUUAUGUACUAAUAACCAGGUUGAGUAUGAGUCACUCAUAAUUGGUUUGGAAAUUCUACUGGAAAUGAAAGCCAGAAGUGUACUUAUCAUUGGAGAUUCCAAGCUCGUGAUCAACCAGUUGGCUGAUGAAUACAGAUGCCUUAGUCAUCAUCUGAGGCCUUUCCAUUUCUUGGCCUUACAAUUACUAGAUCAAUUUGAUGAUUAUCAGUUACAGCAUUGGCCAAGACACCUGAAUAAAGAGGCAGAUGGACUGGCUCAGGUAUCAUCGAGUAUAAAAGUUCCACCUGGAGUAGAAGAACCAUAA